GGAUAAAGGCGGAGCCUGAGGGCAAAGCAACGCAAUGAGCUUUGGCCGUUUCGCGAGACGCGCAGUGCUGUGGGGCGUGUUGACAGCGCGGGGCUUGACGCGGACGAUGUGUGCCCAAGAAGUUGACUGGAAAUCUGCCAAAUCCAUCUAUGAAUUCCAUGCCAUAGACAUUGAUGGCAACGAUGUCUCGCUGGAGAAAUACAGGGAUCACGUCUGCAUCAUCACCAACGUUGCCUCCAAAUGAGGCAAGACAGGCGUAAACUACACUCAGUUUGUCGAGAUGUAUGGCAGAUAUGCUGAGAGGGGUUUACGCAUUCUAGCCUUCCCUUGCAACCAAUUUGGCAAACAGGAGCCAGGCACUGAUGAGGAGAUCAAAGCUUUUGCUGCAGGCUACGGGGUGAAGUUUGACCUGUUCAGCAAAAUCGAUGUGAAUGGUGGCGAUGCCCACCCUCUCUGGAAGUGGAUGAAGAGCCAGCCCAAAGGCAGAGGCACCAUGGGGAAUGCAAUUAAAUGGAAUUUUAGCAAGUUCCUUAUCAACAAGGAGGGCCAGGUGGUCAAGAGGUACAGUCCAAUGGAUGACCCUUCUGUGAUCGAGAAGGAUCUGCCCCCCUACCUGUAGUUUGGCUCUUCCCACAAUGGAUUGUUUGGCACUCUGCAGCUGCCCUGCUGCUGCCCUGUGGAGCCGGCUUCUCUUGCCCAAUGACGGCUUGCCUUCAAACCAAGCCUUUUGGUGAGGCAGGCCUGAAAAUUUGCACAUGUCUGCAGGAGGGGAGGCCCCAUAGGCCAAGUGGGAGGAGCAGCUGUAGAGAACUGGGCCAAAGCACCUGUGCUGUAGCAAUAAACAUGGUUCUCCUCAACGAA